CGCUAGCGUCAUCCGGAAAUGUCAUCUAGAUGGCAAGUCAUCGUCAUCGCUGCUUCGCGUUCGUCGUUGUCUUCGCUGUUCCUUGCAGUGUGCGCUUGCGGUUGUAGCUCUAUAACCUAGCCUGUAGUAAGAGACUGAACUAGAUUUUCAACACCUCCGAACGCAAAGGAAACUCAUCAACAAAGGAAGUUCGCACUCGUAGUAAGCUACGAUACAUCUGAUUGCUAGGAAUCGGCAGCAAAAAGAAAGAAAGUGAAGUGCGGCGUUACAUUUCCUAGCGGAUACAUUUGUACACCUUAAAAGCACGAACCGUGCGAUUUCUAGCAGAAGAAGCCCUCCAUUCGGCACGAGAAGGUUCAACAACGGGAGCUUGAGUUGUUUUAAUCCCAUCAGCAGCGAGCCGGGGAAAAAACCGUACUUCAAAUGGCCGACAGCAAGAACGAGGAUUUGGCAACUGCCAUCCUGAAGCGCAAGGAUCGUCCGAAUCGUCUGAUCGUUGAUGAAGCCGGCAAUGAUGACAAUUCGGUCAUUUCGCUGUCACAGGCGAAAAUGGACGAGUUGGAGCUUUUCCGCGGUGAUACGGUGUUGCUGAAAGGCAAGCGCCGAAAGGAAACGGUUUGCAUUGUCCUGUCGGAUGAGAACUGUCCGGACGAGAAAAUUCGCAUGAACAGAGUGGUGCGCAACAAUCUGCGCGUAUGGCUCGGGGACGUAGUGAUGAUUCAAUCCUGCCCGGACGUCAAGUACGGUAAGCGCGUGCACAUCCUACCGAUCGACGAUACGGUCGAAGGCCUGUCGGGCAAUCUGUUCGACGUGUACCUCAAGCCGUACUUCCUGGAGGCGUACCGACCGAUCCACAAGGACGACACAUUCGUCGUUCGCGGUGGUAUGCGUGCGGUAGAAUUCAAAGUGGUGGCAGCCGAUCCUGAACCGUACUGUAUCGUUGCGCCGGAAACGGUGAUUCACUGCGAAGGAAAUCCAAUCAAGCGCGAGGAGGAAGAAGAGACACUGAAUGCGGUCGGGUACGAUGAUAUCGGUGGAUGCCGUAAGCAGCUGGCCCAGAUCAAGGAAAUGGUCGAAUUGCCGCUGCGCCAUCCGUCGCUGUUCAAGGCGAUCGGUGUGAAGCCACCGCGUGGUAUACUCAUGUACGGUCCACCCGGCACGGGUAAAACACUGAUUGCACGUGCCGUUGCGAACGAAACCGGCGCAUUCUUCUUCCUCAUCAAUGGGCCGGAAAUUAUGUCCAAGUUGGCGGGCGAAUCCGAAUCGAACCUUCGCAAAGCGUUCGAGGAGGCAGAAAAGAAUUCGCCGGCAAUCAUCUUCAUCGACGAGAUCGAUGCCAUCGCACCGAAGCGUGAGAAGACGCACGGUGAGGUGGAACGGCGAAUUGUCUCACAGCUGCUCACGCUCAUGGAUGGUAUGAAGAAGAGCUCGCACGUGAUUGUGAUGGCAGCAACGAAUCGUCCCAACUCGAUCGAUCCCGCACUGCGCCGUUUCGGACGUUUCGAUCGUGAGAUUGAUAUCGGUAUCCCGGAUGCUACUGGCCGGUUGGAGGUGCUUCGCAUUCACACCAAGAACAUGAAGCUAGCGGACGAUGUCGAUUUGGAGCAGAUUGCGGCCGAAUCGCACGGUCACGUCGGUGCCGAUUUGGCUUCGCUGUGUUCCGAGGCGGCUUUGCAGCAAAUUCGCGAGAAGAUGGAUCUGAUCGAUCUGGAGGAUGAUCAGAUUGAUGCGGAGGUACUCAAUUCGUUGGCCGUAUCGAUGGAAAACUUCCGCUACGCGAUGACAAAGUCGAGCCCGUCCGCGCUGCGCGAAACGGUGGUGGAGGUGCCGAACACGACCUGGACCGACAUCGGUGGUCUCGAGAAUGUGAAGCGCGAGCUGCAGGAGCUGGUACAGUACCCGGUCGAACAUCCGGACAAGUUCCUGAAGUUCGGUAUGCAACCGUCGCGCGGUGUGCUGUUCUACGGGCCGCCCGGAUGCGGUAAGACGCUGCUCGCCAAAGCCAUCGCCAACGAGUGCCAGGCGAACUUUAUCUCCGUCAAGGGCCCAGAGCUGUUGACGAUGUGGUUCGGCGAGUCGGAAGCGAACGUGCGCGACAUCUUCGAUAAGGCACGUUCCGCUUCGCCCUGUGUGCUGUUCUUCGACGAGCUGGACAGUAUCGCAAAGUCCCGCGGCGGUAAUGUGGGUGAUGCGGGCGGUGCCGCCGAUCGUGUGAUCAAUCAAAUUCUGACGGAAAUGGACGGUAUGGGGGCGAAGAAAAAUGUGUUCAUUAUCGGUGCCACCAACCGACCGGACAUCAUCGAUCCGGCCAUCCUGCGUCCGGGCCGUCUGGAUCAGCUGAUCUACAUUCCGCUGCCGGAUGAAAAGUCACGCGAAGCCAUCCUGCGUGCGAAUCUGCGCAAGAGCCCGGUGGCGGAGGAUGUCGAUCUGAACUACGUGGCGAAGGUGACGCAGGGCUUCUCGGGUGCUGAUCUGACGGAAAUUUGCCAGCGUGCCUGUAAGCUUGCCAUCCGUCAGGCGAUCGAGGCGGAAAUCCGGCGGGAGCGUGACCGUGCCGCUAAUCAAAAUUCGGCCAUGGAUAUGGAUGAAGAAGAUCCGGUGCCGGAAAUUACUCGUGAUCACUUCGAGGAAGCGAUGAAGUUUGCCCGCCGUUCGGUAUCAGACAACGACAUCCGCAAGUACGAAAUGUUCGCCCAAACGCUGCAACAAUCUCGUGGCUUCGGGACCAACUUCCGAUUCCCCUCGGGACAGGGCAGCUCAAGUUCGCAGGGUCAGGGUUCGUCACAACCGACGAGCAAUAAUCCCGGCGAUAACGGUGAUGACGAUCUCUACAGCUAGAUUGCCGGUUAUAGACACAUCUAUCCCUCUCCUUUAUUAGACUAGCAGUUGCUCCGUUGCCACAGCUGCAGUCUUUCAUCAUACAACAGUAAAACGUUGCCCUUCGCGUGUAUGUGUGUGCCCCAUAGUAUGUGUGGUUUGUGUGUGUUUUACACACAUUAUUGCCUUCUCCCUACAUAAGUUCCAUCCGUUCUCCCUUCGACUCAGGCACUUACAAGCCCGAGGUGCUGUAUCUUUUUAAAACCGGCUAGUAGAGGAAGAGCGAAACAAAAUGACUGGUUAAUAGUAGUAGUGCGUGAUGUAGAAAGUAGAAAUCAAUAGAGCAGACGAAACGAUACCGCAUCCGAGUGAAACAGGACAUCAGCAGGAGCACCACGACAGAGGACAUGAAAAAGAUAUUGGGAGAUAUAGGUUGCAGCAUAUUAACUGUGAGGGCGACAGACAUACGAGAGGCAAACCAAUCGCGUGCAUCUCUAAUUCCAGCUCCAACGGUAGGAGGGGGAACGUACUGUGUAUGUAAGACUGCGUAACAGCAGCUGGUGGUAGCCUCUUAUUCAUAAUAAUGAUUUUGAAGCAAAUAAGAAAUGAGAUACAUUAAUUCUAAGACUAGCUCUCCUUACCUUCGUCCUCCUUUUUAUUUUUCAAACACCCAUCCCCUUCAGUCCUAUGAGCCACAGACUCCCCAUUCCGGUUCCGGUUUUUCACUGGCUGGUUUGUUCUUACUUUUCCAUGCGGUAAAAGCAACAAAAAGGUUCUCUUCAAUUCGAAUCAUAUUUGGGGCCGGCGUAUAUAGUAGAAAUAAUAAUUCGCACCCUUAAAUCGUCAUUCUUGAGUAGGUUAAUACGUCGAUUCCAAUCCAUUUCUUGGUUAGGACGGUGUGGAACGUGAUACGCGAAGGUGGCAUUACGCAUCGCUCGAAGUGCAAGGAAUUAAUGACAAACAAUUCAGCAAGUUCGUCCCCGUUUUCAGUUACAGAAGUACAUUGCAGCAAUGCAGCAAUGCAGACGUUUUGCGUGUGUGUUUUUUUUUCUCUUGGGGACACACACAAUAGCAGCGUGGUAAUAGCGUGUAACCGUUCGCAUACUUCUACAAUUGUAUUUUUACACUGAAACAAAAACACUGGAAAAUAAUGAAAUGGGUGAAAAAGAAAAUAAACAUGAAGAAAAUAGGUACAGACGUA